UAAUCCUUAGAGUUGCUUGUGGCAGGGCAAGAUGUUAGGAUACACGUUGAACCGCCUACUUAUCUUGCUACUUGCAUAUUUAUAUCCAGCUUAUGAAUGCUUCAAAAAUAUAGAGAAGAAUAAACCAGAUGUGGACGGACUGCGCUUUUGGUGCCAAUACUGGAUUGUAAUCGCUUUAAUGACCGUUUGGGAUCCAUUUGGUGACGCACUAGUUUCAUGGCUGCCAAUGUAUAGCGAAACAAAAUUGGUAUUAUGCGUGUACUUGUGGUACCCCAGAACGAAGGGAUCGAUAUAUAUCUACAGCACGUUCGUGAAACCAUACCUCUUAAAGCACGAAUCAGAGAUAGAUCGUACACUGGCAGAAUUAAAGACCAGGGCUGGAGAUUCAGCAUCUCUUUACAUCCAAAGAGUUAUAGUUUAUGGUCAAACAAGGGCUUUUGAAAUUAUUCAAUUAGUUAUGUCACAGUCAUUGCAAAGACCCCAAGCUGCGCCGGCGGCUGCAGCUCCAGCUCAACAAGGGGAUCAAGCGGCACAAUCAGCUACUCCUGCGGCUUCUGGAGGUCCUGAAACUCCCACGGGGCAAAGCAGGUUGAGGAAAACUAGUGCCACUGUGGCUCGAUGA